AUGAAAGUCGAUCGGUUCGGUUGGGUUUUGGCUGCCACUUUGCUGCGAAUGGCCAUCGAAGUGGUCGGGGAUCCGAGUUCCUAUCUCACUGAAUACGAUUCAAGUCCAAAAAAAGCUGUAGUGGCCAUAAAACACAUUCAUGCCUUCGGGGAGUCGAACUAUAUGAAGGUCAAGACCUACAUACACGACGAUCGCACUCACUUCGAUCUAUAUGUCCAGAUGGUCCAUGAACUGGGCAGCAACCAUCUCAUCAUGAAUAUCAAAGUACGAGUAAAGCCCGAAGGAAGUGGCAUUUUCAUACAACUAUUCGAAUUGAGGCGAAUCAACUUUUGUGAGUUCCUCAACGAAUACAACUCGAAUCCGGUGAUGCAGUUUAUGUUCAAGAAGAACAUCAAACUGAAUGACAUCAUCGUAUGUCCCGUCCGCGUGGGAAACUACUCGCUGUUGAACUCCGAUGUUGCCGGAAAUAUUCAGACCCAAGGUGUCCAGAAUGGCACCUACAAGUUCUUUGCCGAAAUCGUCGAGGAAAUCGGAGAGAUUGCCAAGGUUUUUGCCCUCCAAGUCACUUCGAUGGUAUAUAUUGUGGACAAGGAAAUGGAUUGCACAACUCAAAGAAAUGCUAUUGUAUGUGUAUAG